AUGAAGAAAGCUUUCAACAUCAUGCUUUAUGGCCUGUUCCCCAACUCCAUACAUGUCACGUGUCUGGCACAUCUUCUCAACUUGGUGCCGCAGGUCCUCCCAGAUACAUUUGAGGACAGGGUGUGUGCAAUUGUGAAGAGAGUGUUCUGCAAGGCACCUCAACUUCACCAAGAGCUGCAGGCCUACAUGCAGGUGUGGCAGGUUGCUGCUGCACCUCCACUCAAGUGGCAUCAGCUGCAUCCAAUCUCCAGCGGUGCCUGGCUUGAUUGCAGGGCGGGAGGUUUAUAAGUUCUGUCCUCUCAGUCAACCCAGUGCUACCUGACAUUCACUCGACGAGGUGUGUGAUUGUCCGCUGGUCAUUGGGUUCGAUCAUUGUGGGACAGAAAAGGUAAGCAUGCCGUUUUGUGCCUUGAUUUUUUUAACAGUGUAUUUUGGUGUGACAGCAGCCAUAAUGUUUCAUUUGCAGCGUGGUCUGCUGCUGGCGUGGAGGUAGAGGUGUUUUGAGUGUGGUGUUGGCUCUUUUUAUCAUCAAAAGACGGUGACUGGUUUGGCCGUGCGUAAAAGCUUACUUCGCUCGGGUGAGCUGGCUGUUUUGGUUGGGUUUUCUUUAGUGCUCGUUUGCUGUAUGGUAACCUGCCCUAUUUUCUCUGUAGCUGCUGAAGCCACUGAUCGUGGCUCUCCUCUCCUCGGCGCUCUGUGCGAGGCUCUACUUCUGCCCACUACUUGGUCGCCAGCGGGGCACAAAGACGGCUUCCCCAGGCCUCCAGCCCCGGUGCGGCCGCUCCGUUUCUCUGCUGCUUCUUUGACGUCCCAUACUGCGCAAAGAACUGGUUUUCGCCCAACACAACCUAUUCUUGAGUUUGAUUAUUGCUUUUCUUUGGUUUAUUUUGUUUAUUUAGAACUGGCUAUCAGGUGAAACUGUUUAUUUUGUUUAGUUUGGAUUUGGUUGUUAUUUUACGGAAGUUUCUUGUUUUUUUCUUUUUUUUUUUUUUUUCUGUUAAUAUUUUGUAUAGUUAUAUCCGGGAUUUCGUUUGCCAUUUAGUUUAUUACCCAAUUAAAUUAGGUUAAUUCUUUUUUGUGGUUGUGUGUGCGUGCGAGUGUGCUGUAUGUGUGUGUGUUUUUCUUAGAAUAGGUCAUUUAAUCAAUUCUUAACAGAACUCUAUAUAUUGCCUUGUUGAGUGAUCAACCAUAUCAUUGAUUUCCUCUUCUUUUUCAGGAGCUUGGAACAGACUUCCCCGGUGGUGGCCUUCCCCUUCACUCCCUUUAGUUGCCGUGGCACGUGGUGUUUGGUUUGUAGUGAUUUUUUUUGGUUUGUAGUGAUUUCUUUUGGUUUGCAGUGGGUUUCUUUGCUUUUGAUUUUUUUCCUUUUUAGGUUAGUCUGUUUGUGACCAAGUCUCCUUGUUCCUACUUUUGUUUAGUUACUGCAUUUAUUGUGUACUGGUACUCAUACGAUUAUCCUUCAUAUUGUGUUCUUUUAAAAUUAGGAGUUUUAAUCAAUAAAAUCGUGUAAUUCUUUUUGGAAGUCCGUCUCUCUUGGUGUCUCUGUUUGGUGUAACGAAUCUGUGUGACCUUUUAGUGAGAGGGUCUGUUGUAUUUCUUGGGGUGAAACUCCCCAGGUGGCGUUGUUCGGCAACAAAAUACUUAAUCCCCCCCCUCCAUUACGCCACACAGGCAUUGGGCUUGGCUCCUGUUAUGCCAGUGUUUGCUGUGAUGACCAGACGGGGAUCCGGGAUUUAAGCUGUCCAGUACCUUGCAGAGAACCUGGAUAUUUUAUGUGACUUCAUACCCUCUUUACCACUGCCCUCUAAGGCUGUUCGGGACCUGAAAGAGCUGCUAGAAGAGAAAGAAGCUACUCUAAAGGCCCAAGCUAUCUUCAUUGUUGAGCACAGCACUGAGAUCAAGACCACCAUUACCAAACUGGAGAACCUCCUCAUGCUGUUUGAAUACGGCCAUACUGUAGGGGCUGAGGAUUGGCAUCCCAGGACCACAGAAAGGCUGAGGGAGCUGGAUGAGGGUGACUUUGCUGCCUGCACUGAGCUCUUCCAGAAGACCGUGGCUGACUGCUCUGCAAAGAAUGUGAUGGAGCUCUUUAAAACUCUUUAAAAGGUAGCUGGUGUGAGAAGACACAUCCAGGACUACGUCCAGGUGGCCCCUGCCCUUUCAGGUGUGUCAGCUGAGGAAUGGCACUACUACAUCCAUAUGGACAAGAGUGACGCUGAGGAGGUCAGUCCUGUGGAGUGGUGGGCCACCAGGGAGGACAGGAUGCCCACUCUUGCCCCACUUGCAGCAUUGUACCUCCAUCCCCCCCACUACCUCAGUGAAUGCAGAAAGACUUUUCUCACACUAUACCAUGCUGCUUACACAGUACAGACGGAGCCUUACGGAAAGCAACAUUAAAAUGAUGCUCACUGCAAAUUCAACAGUCGGCAGCAGCAGGAUUAAACAUUUAACUGACUGUUUCUAUCUGACAGAUUGACAGUCUGAAUGAGUGACUGACUAUCCUAUUUGAUUGUUAACUCUGUUCGGUCUCUUUUAAUUAUUGUUAAAGUAAGUUAAACUAGUAGAAUUGUGUGUGUGUGUGUGUGGGGGGGUUAUAUAUUUGCACAAUAUUUAUUUAUGCAGGUGUUCCUGAUUUAUUUAUUGGACAAAUUAAUUAAUGCAGGUUCUCUUUGUCAUCUUAAAGUAAGCUGUUCUUUUUCAAUUCACAUAAAACAAACCUCUGGUUUUGUGGUUCAAUUUAAUUAUAUAUACAGUUUAUUUAAAAGCUGUCAAAAUUGUUUUUGUUUCACAUAUCUAUUAAAUAUGAAUAAAAAUUUGCACUUAACCUAUUUAUUUAUGUCUUUAUAACGCAUUAUUUAUUAAAAUAUCCUAAUCUGUGCAUAUGCUCAGAGCGAACAGUUAUUGUAUGGUUCUUUUUUGUAGAUUAAUAAUUAAUAAUGAAUCUAUCCAUUCCCCACGUUUCUGUAUUUAUUUUUUUGACACAUGCACAUUUCUUCAGUGACACUUGCCUGGUCUCUCCUGUUCUCAGCAGCUUUUCUGGCCCUUAAAGUGAUAUUCCAGGGUAAAAUUAAUUUAUGGUCAAACUCACUGUAACACAGAGUUAGACCCCCCUUCGGAGAUGAAUGUUGCCGACUGCUUGCUUCUCUAGUUAUACCAACUUUGGUAACGACUGUGGGAUAGCAAUACACAGCGGUCCAAGGAGCCACGCACACUCCUCAACCAAAACGGCACUCUAUAGCCACAAACAAUGCUCAGAACAGCACCUAACUUCAUCAACAGUACAUAUAGAGUCCCAGCCAUAGCACCAGCCACCGAACAUCUUUUUAACUUUGCCUGAAUUCUUUAACAAAGAGACUAAACACAACUCACCCACUCUCCUCCUGUCUGUGUGGGAGCCCUGACGAGUCGAUCACCAAAUACAGCGGUGCAGAGUGCAGGAUCAUUACCUUGAAGUGAUAAUCAUAAUCAUUUUGAACUGCAGAUUUGGUAGUUCUCCUGCCUUAACAACUUGGUCCGAUUGCAUUUCCACGAAGAAAUGAUCAUAAAUGUUCUUCCUUGCGCACUCGUCAGGGCUUGUCAGGGCUCCCCCACAAACAAGCGGCUGCUGGAGGAGAGUGGGUGAGUUGUGUUUCGCCUUCCACCAGUAUAUGGAUUUUAAGCCAAAACAUUAUUUUCAUCCAUAUAGACACCUGAAGAAUACAACGAAGUGAUUGAAGAGAAGCCAGAGGAGCAGAGGAGCAUUGUGCAGCCAAGCUGUCUGAAUGAUCUGGUGAAUGUAAGUAGUCUUUACUUUGUUUCAUGAUUCAUGUCUAGCCAACAUUGUUCUCUGAUCGCUUACCUGAAUCUGUUUUCUAUUUCAGAUCUUCCCCAGAAAGAAGGCAGCUGAAUAUGAGGACAGGAAGGCAUUUGUGGACCUUCUAAAAGGGCUGCUGCACCUUGAACCAGAUACGAGGAUCACUCCUGAAGAAGCUCUGCAGCACCCUUUCAUUACCAUGUCCCACCUGGUCGCGAACCCCCACAGUGGAGAAUAGUAAGUAACAAUAACAGUCUUUUCUGUGGUUUAUGGGUAGUUGAUAUAACACAGGUAACAUAACUGUAAUAUAACACAAUAACAUCACAUAACUGACUAAUUCAUUAACUAAUAUAUUCUUCUUCAUCCAGUCUGACCUUUGCACAAACCAUAAAGGACUGUCUGGGGGCCUCAGGUGAAAGGGUGGACCACUCUGCUGUCCUCGAUAUAGGCCAAAGAUUGAACAAAGAGGAAGCUUCAACUGUUAAGCGAUCAAAUGAGGACCCUUUAGUUAGUAGUCCAGACCCAUCUAAUGAGGACCAAGGCUUGGAUUCCGAUAAUGACGAAUUUGGUUGGUGGUGUCCAGAAGAAAAAGCUGCAGGGAUUUCAGAUGAAGAAGAACAGGGUCCAUCAGACAUAGAUGAGGACCAAGGCUUGGAUUCCUAUAAUGACAAUUUAGGUUUCUGGUAUUCUAAAGAAAAAGUUGCAGGGACUUUAGAUGGAGAACAACAGAGUCCAUCAGAGGAAGAUAAGAUCUCCUAUGUCAAUAAUCCUCCUCUGACAAGACUUACAUACAGCAUUUCCCACCAGCAUCACCAAUAA